AUGUUAGACGAAGGAAACAUGGAAAAGAAACCGAUCAGCCGACAUUCUCCGGUCCCCGUGAAGACCAGUACAGGAGAUAAAAAAACAGAUAAUGCCAGAUUUCAACGUACUCCAAGACGAAAAGAUAAUGGAAUCCGUUCGUACCAAGAUGCUAAUCCCAGUAAGAAACCUCUUCCUCAAAAAACCCGGACAGCCAGUGACAAGAGACCACGGCCUCGGAGUUAUUUCAAUGACAAGCAGAGGGAUGAGGUAGCAAAUGAGAUAGUGGUGGAGUAUAACUCCUCAGUGUCUAGAAAAGAUCUGAAUCAAAUGAUCAACUUUGAUUAUGGAUUUCAUCGCAGUUCCUAUCAUGGAACUCUGCAUAGUCGGCCCCGUCGCCAUCACUUCAAAAGUUAUGCUGCAGGAGGGGUCUUCAACAAGCAACAAUAUUUGCAAGCUAAUUGCCAGUUUGUGAUGAAAGACAGUGGUGACUAUAGCAUCCAUGUUAUUGACCCAGAUCAACCAGUAGAGUGGAAUAACAUUGAACAGUUGUGCAUGUCAACACCUGAUUUGCCACUAUGCCCUAUCUGCCUGUGUCCUCCUGUGGCAGGUAAAAUCACCAAAUGUGGCCAUAUCUACUGUUGGUCAUGCAUCCUCCAUUACCUUGCUCUGUCUGAGAAGAACUGGCAUAAAUGUCCCAUUUGCAAUGAAGCUGUACAUCAAAAAGAUUUGAAAAGUGUGAAGACCAUAGAAGUUCAUCGCUACAAAGUUGGUGAUAUGAUCAAGCUAAAUUUGAUGAGGCGUGACAAAGGAAAUACAAUACCUGUGGCCAGAUCAGUUUGGAUUGGACUUCCAUCAAAACCAUUUAAUGUAAAAGAAAAUCAUAUGGCCUGUUACUCUAAGGUGGUAACUGCAACUCCUGCUGAUGUCCAAGAAUUGGUGACAGAACCAGAAACUGCACAACUUGUAAAACAAUUGGAUGAGGCUGAAGAGUCUGAGAAAUGUUUCAUUGAAUCUGCAUUGCUGCAACAAAAGGAUCGAACAUCAUUGCAACUGCCAUCCCCUAUUCACAAAGCUCAAGAACAGCAACAGCUUUCUUCAGAAUUGGAGAAUUUGACUUUAACCAAAUCUAAACUUGAUAAUUCAAAUUCUAAGACUUCAAAAUAUUAUGUUAAUGCUUUUGAUGAGAUUGCUGAGGAAGUUGGCUCUGCUCCACUUGCCUGUUUAGGUGAUCGUGACUUUAAUUAUUCAUUGGACACUGCUGCUGGUGCUGCUGAAGAGGAACAAGUAGCCUGUAUAGCAGCAGCUUCACCAGCCCCACUCACUGACUCUUGUGGCCCAACUGAUCAGGAGCUGAUGCUUACUGAGCAGGCAGCUCAGUGCCUGGAACUUCCUCAUGAUUUGGGAGAUGAAGAGGCAGGCAGAAAACGUCGACCAAAAUGUUCUCCCAAAAAUACAUUUUAUUUUUAUCAGGCGGCUGAUGGUCAGCAUAUUUACAUGCAUGCUAUUAAUGCUCGAUGCAUGGUUCAGGAAUAUGGCAGCUUGAUGAAUUGUCCAGAUGGCAUUGAGGCUACAAUUGUUGAGUUGGAAAGUGUCACCAUGACUGAGGAGUUACGUAAACGUUUACGUUAUUUGAGUCAUCUUCCUCUCAGUGCAGAAUUCAAAGUAGCUGAAUUGCUAUUAAAGCCUCCAAUAGUUUCUAAAGAGACUCUCAGAUAUUUCCGUGAUGAGAUUGAGAAACGGCGCAGAAUUCGACAAAAGAAAAAUCGGGAGGAACGUUCUCGAUCAAAGAGGAUUCAAGAAGAAGAAAACCUGAAAUAUGGAAUUUCUCCUGUUAAGAUUGUGAUGAGCUCUGCUGCUGAAAUUAAAAACCAGACUUCACAGUCUGGAUUGAAUAUUCCUGUUUUUUCAUGCACUCCUCGUCCUGUAAUGGCCAUUGACAUCGUAUCGCCAUCAACUUCUGGAGAUUCACCCAUUGCUAGUCCAUCUUCAGCUGCCUCCUCCACCAGUGAUGGCAAUCAGACAACAUCUUUUGCUCAGAUGUUGAAGUCUGGCAAGCUUCGAUCCUCUGUAGGUCCUGCCCAAGCCUCAGGGUCACUUAAACCUGAUUCUGCUCUUCGGGGUCAUCCAGCAUGUGCCUCUGACAGUGAUAUUAGUGACAAUGAAGACAAGAUUCCAGUUCCAAACUUUCAAAACUCUUUUGGUGAUGCUAUACAAACAGCAUUGGACAAUUUAGAGCAGAACAAUACAGGAACUUCUGCUAUUGCCUCAGCUGGAAAAAAGAAAAAAAAAAUGAAAAAACUCCUCUUUACUACUACAAUGGCCAGGGGAAAGUGA